GUCAAACCCUCACAGUCUCACAGCUGUCAAUCUGUAGCCUCCCACGUGGUCAGCAGGGCGGGCGCAUCUCAACCAGUUGAACGUGCAACUUUUAGGAAGGCAAACAAUUGGACCCAUCGGUAGUUGCACUUGCACAUCCAUGUAGGAUACUCCCCAACAGGAAACAACGACCUGCAAGUUAGAAGGCGCCUCUUCUCUGCUUGGCAUCCAGAUCGCUCCCCUCUGUGUCUGGCGUAAGCCCGGUUUGCACUGCUGCCGCUGCCCCUUAUUCCAAGACUAAUUUGAAGACAGCGCUUUGAACCGUGAGCCCAGUCUACUGGAGUUGAGGAUUGUGCAUGUGUUAGGAGCGCUGCUUAAUUAGUCCACGGAGCUUGAUUAGAGUUUGGUCGCAGAACUACAACCAACGACCAAAUAUUUUCUAUACAUCAAGAUGACUUUGAAGCAGGAUUCCAGCAUGGAUACAGCCAGCGACUGUAUCGGGGAGAGUAAGCCGGUGUGUCAGUGUGCGCCCAGGUCCGCGGUCCAGCGUUGGCUCCCAGGUUCUCCCAUCGCUCUGUGCUUGCUGAUGUCCCUGAGCUCCAUCACCGUGUGUCUUCUGAUGAGCCUCAAGACCUACCAGCUGGAGAACCGACUGCAGUUGGAGAUGGACAAAGCGUCCAUCUUCCAGCCGCCGCACGGGGCUUGUCUAAACGAGGAUGGGACCCUAAUUCCAGAGCUGAGCACUUCCAUAGGGAGGCUCGUGGAAGAGAAGGUGGAUGUGCUGAUGCCAAAAUUUCGGACAGCUAGGGAUGUUGGCCAAGAGUGCUCCUGUCCUCCAGGGCCUCCAGGGAAGCGUGGAAGGAUGGGAAGAAGAGGGGAACCUGGACCGCCUGGCAAGGCUGGACGGGAUGGAUACCCGGGUCCUCUUGGCUUAGAUGGGAAACCAGGUUUUCCAGGGCCCCAGGGAAGCCAGGGACCAGCCGGACCCAAGGGAGAAAAGGGUGACCAAGGAGACGUUGGGCCAAGGAUGGUCUUCCCCAGAUACGACCAUGGCUUUCUCUCUGGAGAGCAGUCCAGUAGCUUUCAGAGACGCUUUCUGAAGGGUGACCAAGGCGAGGGUGGACCCGCUGGUCCUCCCGGUCCUCCAGGUCCCCCCGGUCCCAGAGGGCCCCCUGGGAACACAGGCAAGGACGGGCCCCGUGGCCCUGCUGGCGAGUCGGGUUUUCCAGGUCGUGAUGGCAUUGAGGGGUCACAAGGAUUGCCUGGGAAGCCGGGAGAAGAUGGCGAGCCUGGCUAUCCAGGACCCCAGGGUCCUCCGGGAGCGAAGGGCGAGUCAGGAAUGGGAGAAAAAGGAGAGAGAGGCAUGGAUGGACUCCCAGGUUUAAAGGGAGACAAAGGGGAAAUAGGAGAGCAAGGACCACAGGGACCCAUGGGUAAUCCUGGUGAAAAAGGAGCUAUGGGCUCUUCAGACAUCAUCGACUUCAAUGGGAAGCUUCUAGAUGCUUUCCAGGCCAUCAACACCAUCAGUGUUUCGGGCCCACCUGGACCACCUGGACAACCUGGACCUUCAGGGGAAAAGGGUGAGCUUGGUUUACCUGGGCCAGCAGGAGUCGAUGGGGAGAAGGGACCUAAGGGUGGCAUGGGUGAGACAGGACCACCUGGCGAGAGAGGAGAGAAGGGAGAGAUGGGGCUCUCUGGGCCUUCUGGUAUGGACGGACACAAAGGAGAGAAAGGCAACUGCAGAAUGGAAGACAACCUGGUUCAGAUGAUUUCCCAGCCAGGCCCACCCGGGCCACCCGGGCCCCCUGGAUCCAUGGGGCUGCAUGGUAUGCCCGGUCCGAAGGGUGAGCCUGGAUUCGGGAUGAAGGGAGAGAAGGGGGACUUUGGUGCUCCUGGACCCAGAGGAUUAGACGGUAUCCAGGGCCCAACUGGGGCUGCAGGGUUAGUGGGUCUUCCAGGUGCAAAGGGAGAAAAGGGCAGAACAGGGGAGCCGGGACUAGAUGGUUUCCCGGGUCUGAUGGGAGAGAAAGGUGAACGAGGGGAUAGAGGAGACAAGGGUGACAGGGGAGCAGUGGGAAAGAGAGGUCUAAAGGGCCAGAAAGGAGAGCAGGGUCCUCCAGGCCUGGACCAGCCUUGUCCUGUGGGUUGUGAUGAGAGUAAAGGUUUGUCUGAGGAGGCAGGGCUUUCUUCCUCUCCACCUCGUCCUCUUCCUCCUUCUGGCCCUGAGGCCCCCUGUCCUGUGGGACAUGAUGGGCUGCCCAUACCAGGCUGCUGGCACAAGUGAUGACUAACCAGCAGCAUGGAAUCUGUACAUAUUGAUAUGGUAUAUAUUGCAAUUGUAUACUACAACAACCCACUCCCUUUUUUCCUUUCUUUCAUAAAACAUUUUAUAUAAUAUAUUGAGAUUUUUUUUUUAACAAGGACAUCUUUGAGUAUGCAGUAUUAUGAAAACUUUUUUAAAACUCUAGAGAUCCAGUGUUGUUGAGAAUGCAGCUGUGGUUUUGAAGAGAAGAAACUGAACUGGCAGUUGGACUCCUACUUUAAAGGAUAGUCCAGGUGACAGUGUUGGAGUGCCUUGACAGUCUAGCAGCCUUACUAAACAAAGCCUGACUUGCUGCCUGAUUGUAAUCAUGAACGCUGUAUGGAUAUAACAGUGUGCACUCACCCAGUCUCACGGAUGCUUGGAUGGAUGGACAGAUCUCUUUGGGAGUGGCAGAUGGAGGAAUGUGGGUCAGUACUCUCUUCUCCUCUCUCUGUUUUCUAAAAGGAGGAAAAGGUGAGACAGAAGCUCAAACGCAAGCGUCUCUCUCAGCCCUGAAGGGGUGCAGGAGCCUGGUGGAGAAAGGACACAUAGACAGGCAGAGAGCACGACGGGCAGAUGGGCCUUUAUGAAGCAGAGCGAGCCAUGUAAUGCCUCAGUGUCAUACCGAACACUCAGAUCCUCUUUUAUGGAAACUCUCCAGGAGGGGGCGACAGAGAAACCUGCAUUUCCACAUUCACCUGAGAAGAAAUGAUAGACCUGUGGCUGAUUAUGUUGCGCAAUAGCUCGAUAACCAGUCAAAGUUUUCUGGGAGUCAUUGACGUCACUGACACAUAAGGAAGGGUUUUCUGCACAGAUACAUUGAACAAGUUGUGGUUAUCUCUUGUAUGGCUCUUUGGUAAAGGUUUUCACUAAUUCAAUGCAUGAUCAUAAUGCACUGUGUUGUUAAGCAUCCUGACAGCUUGUAUGACUUGUGGUCCCUCAUUGAAACCUCAAACAACAUUAGAUACAUUUUCAUUUGCCAAUAAGCAGUCUGUAAUAGUCUUUACAUUUGUACAAGCCACUCCGAAAAGUCAGUAAGUCUACCUUUUAAUGGCUUACACUUGUGACUUGUGUUGUUUUGUUUUCUUUUGUUAUAUUCUUACCUAUUUUUGUCCAGUUACAUGUUCCAUUCCUGUGCAUUACCAUGUUUGUGGAAUAUAUAGAUAGCUAAACUUUGCCAGAUUUGAAGGAACCCUUUACAGUAUUCGUAAUAAACCAGUGUUCCAGUUGCCCUGACAAAUAAUGAUUACCUAUCAAAUUAUUUUUCUUAGUAUGUUUUCAGUGUAACUGAAUCACUGAUGAAGACAUGUUUAAUUACUGUUGCUAGUUUGCUCUGGACAACAGUGAGUUCUUGCUGCUGACUUAAAUAUGUGUUGUUUGUUUGAUAUUUUUAAAUCAAUAUUAGGCAUUUGGCCUGAAGGACUAACAGACUCAAGUAUAAAAUUUGAAUCAAAUGUAUACAGAACCAUUGUCUUUUCAUAAUUAUUCAUUUUUAUUCAGCAGUACACCUUAGGAUAAUGGUUUAUAAGUCACUUAUUUUGCAUUUUGUGUGUGCUUUUUUCAAUUAUCACACAAUGUUUUAAUCUUUACUUUAAUUUUUAUUUUACUAUCAGAUUACUUUUAUUGGUGUGUUUUGGUCUUUGUAAUACAUUUUUCUCAGAUGGAAUAAUUUCUUGGUGCUUAAAUACUUUUAUGUUUGAAACCUCUACUCUGCAUAUCCAUAUGCAAAACCCCACACAUGCCCACAGUUACGCAUGGAUCAUUGUUUAAAGGAAUGUUGAACAUAGAAAAAAAAAAAUUGUACUUGGGUUUAUUGAUGUACUAUGUUUAAAUAUUGGGCUACAUGUAUUUGAUUACAUUACAUGGAAUCGUCAUUUGGUUCUGGAUAGAAAUACAUACACAUGAAUGAAGUUUCUUAGUGGACAUCUGUGUAUUCUACAUUGAUAUUAGUUGCACUUUUUGAUCCAAUAUUAAUAGCAUUCAGUAAUAUAUAUUCUGGUUAAUCACGAGGCACGACUGACUAGCAAUCAUUCACAACCUUUUCAUUGUUAGAAAUGAAUAUGAACCAUCAGAAUGUUUUAUUGAUUGAUUAUCUUUAGUCACCAUCAACAUACAUUCUGCGAAACAUUGCUAAUUCCAAUUCACUACAACACAAACAUUGCAACACUUGCAAAUGUACAGCAGGGUCAGUAUUAGCGUAGUUUGAAGUACUUUUUAGUAAGUAUGAUUUUAUAACAACUCAUCAAAUGAAUACAAAUGGAUAUGUGAAGGGUAAAAAAGUGAAUAUGGAAUUUGCUUUCCCAAUUGGGUAAAUUGUUAGAGGGCAGUGAAGUACAAGGAUAGGAGACACACAGUACAUUGGUCAUUCCUCUUUAAAAUUAAACCUAUCCACCAGCAGGCUGUUCCAUAGUCAUGAUGUAGGCCACAUAUCCAUGCAGUGGUAGUCCCUGUUAAUUCUGAAAUGACAGCUUUUAUUUUUUAGAGUACACCUGCAAAGUGUAAAGUUUAAUAACUGACAUCACACAAAGGCGUUUCCAUAUCAGUGGGAUUAAUAUGUUUUAACUUUUAGAAGGGUUCUGUAAGAAAGAUCAGUACAUUAGAUACUGUAGUAAACCUAUACUACACCACAAUUUAUGAAGUAAUAUUCUAGUAACAUUUUCUAUAAAACAAAAAUCUGUAAAUGAGAGUUGUAUAUCAUUAAGCUAAAAUAGAAUAGCUGACAUACAAACUUUAUUUAAGAAUCAUAAAAAAAAUGUAUGUUGACUGAGAAGUUAUAUUGAAAGCAGAAUGUUUUUAACUGUAGACCACACACUUCUGAGCAGUAUUUCACUGGAAGCCGAUGGAUAUCAGUCACUUAACAUUAUCAAAUGUGUUUAUUUCUUUUGCAGAUUCCAUCACUUUCAGUUUCAAGGCUUAAUGGAGUCAGAAAAUGGCACAGUGUCUGAAUACAGAUGGUGUUUUAGCAAGUCCUAUAUCACAGUAUUAGCUUGACUUUGUGAGAAUGUUUUGGUUGUGUAUUUGGUUGUAAAAGAAUUAAGCUAUUUUUGUAAUUGUUUAAAAAUGUAUAACGUGAAAUCUGGUCAACUAAACGUAGACUGAAGUAACCUU